AUGGCAGAAGGAGCCCGUUCCCUGCUGGGAGGCAGCCGCGGCUUGAGCCCGGCGUCCAGCCCACUGAUGGGCAGAGGCGGCAAGAGCCGCUCGCUGCCCACGCCGCCGUCGUCGUCGUCCCCGCCCGGGCACUGCUUCAGGAGGGUCACCCUCACCAAGCCCACCUUCUGCCACUAUUGCACCGACUUCAUCUGGGGGUUGGCCGGCUACCUCUGCGAAGUUUGCAAUUUUAUGUCUCAUGAGAAGUGCCUGAAGUAUGUGAAGAUACCUUGUUCAUCUAUUGCUCCAAGUCUUGUAAGGGUUCCAGUUGCACAUUGUUUAGGACCCAUAGGACAUUACAAGAGAAAAUUCUGUUCUGUGUGCAGAAAGCAGUUGGAAAGUCCAGCAUUUCGCUGUGAAGUGUGUGAGAUACAUGUACACACAGACUGUGCCCCCUUUGCUUGCAGUGAUUGCCGUCAGUGCCAUCAAGAUGGUCAUCAAAAUCAUGAUAUGUGCCAUCAUCACUGGAGGGAGGGAAACCUUCCAUCAGGCUCACGUUGCAAAGUUUGUAAGAAAACGUGUGGCUCUUCCGACGUGCUCUCGGGUAUGAGGUGUGAAUGGUGUGGCAUCCUGGCUCAUGCCGCUUGCUAUGUGAUUGUGCCUCCAGAAUGUACUUUUGGAAGAUUAAGGAACAUGAUUCUUCCCCCCAGUUGUGUGCGAUUAUUUUCUCGGAAUUUCAGUAAAAUGCACUGUUUUCGAAUGUCAGAAAGCAUACAAACAGAGACAGAUGAUGACGAUGACGUUGAUAAUUCAACACAGUCAUCACUAAAAGAAUCCCAGGUUUCUGCCGAUUCCAGUAAGCAAAUAUUAAAAAUAUACGAUGGGAAUGACGCAGUAAAACGUAAUCAGUAUCGUCUCAUUACAGUUCCGAGGAUUACAAAAAAUGAAGAAGUUGUGGAGGCUGCGCUGAGGGCGUACUACAUCAAUGAUGAUCAGCAAGAUUACGAACUUCAGACAUUCACUCAGCAGGCCUUGUUUUGUGACGACAUCAUUAAUAGGAACGAUACAACUGAAGAGGCGCAGCCGGGGUCUGUCUUCCGAGAAGCAAUUCCUGAGGCUUGGGUUAUCAGAGCUAAACCUAAGGAGAACGAAGUCAUAAAGAUUUAUCCUGGCUGGCUGAAGGUUGGAGUGGCCUGUGUUUCAAUACGUAUAUAUAAGGGAAGCACCACCGAAAUGGUCAUUAAAGAAGUUCUUCCACUACUUGGAUACCAGUCAGAUUACUUCCAAAACUUCAAAUUGGUGGAAGUCCUUAUGGGCUCCAGACAAGUUCAGCGAAUGGUGCUGGAUGAUCAUGAAUCAAUUAUCAGCAGAUUACAAGACAUCAGAAAGACAUCAUUACGUCAGAUGAACCAAACAAGAUUUUACAUUGUAGAAAACAAUAUAUCGACUGUGCGUGUCCAUCUGUUUGUUGGUGGUCUACCACUACAUCUUACUGCAGAAGAAUAUACAAAAAUCCUCAAAGAUGAAUUAGCCAUCAAAACAAAUUUAGUUUCUGUGAGUCACAUAUAUUCAUCUCAAGGUGCUGUUGUACUAGAAAUUACUUGUUUUUCCGAAGCUGAAAGAUUAUAUAUGUUAGUUAAAGAUACUUCCGUCAGUGACAAGGCAUUAACUGCAGUUAUACUCCCGGAAGUUCUGCAAAAUAAGCUUCCUCAGAACUGCUAUCCUUUACUUGUAUUUGUGAAUGCCAAAAGUGGAAGUCUUAAAGGUCGGGAUUUGUUGCACAGUUUUCGAAAACUGUUGAACCCUCAUCAGAUCUUUGAACUAACAAAUGGAGGUCCGCUGCCUGGAUUUCACGCCUUCUCUCAAAUUCCGUAUUUCCGAAUAUUGGUGUGCGGUGGUGACGGCACAGUUGGAUGGGUCCUUGGUGCCCUGGAAGAAAUCAGGCACAAGCUCUCCUGGCCUGAACCAUCUGUGGCUAUUUUGCCUUUAGGAACAGGUAAUGACUUGGGGAGGGUCCUGCGCUGGGGUGCUGGCUAUAGUGGCGAAGAUCCGUACUCCAUCCUGAUAUCUGUAGAUGAAGCUGACGAUGUGCUUAUGGACCGUUGGACCAUCCUUUUGGAUGCUCAAGAGUCAUUGGAAAGCUCAGAAAAUGGUAUAUUGGAGCCAGAACCUCCUAAGAUUGUACAGAUGAAUAAUUAUUGUGGCCUUGGAAUUGAUGCAGAGCUGAGUCUGGGUUUCCAUCAUGCUAGGGAAGAAGAGCCAGACAAAUUCAAUAGCAGGCUACACAACAAAGGCGUCUAUGUAAAAGUUGGACUGCAGAAAAUGAGCCAUACCAGGAGUCUUCAUAAAGAAAUCAAACUUCAGAUGGACCAGCAUGAAGUUGAGCUUCCAAGUAUAGAGGGUCUUAUUUUCAUAAAUAUUCCCAGUUGGGGAUCAGGGGCUGACCUUUGGGGGUCUGAUAAUGACAGCCGGUUUGAGAAACCAAAAAUUGAUGAUGGCUUGUUAGAAGUAGUUGGUGUCACCGGAGUUGUUCACAUGGGUCAAGUUCAAGGUGGCCUUCGUUCUGGCAUCCGGAUAGCCCAAGGCUCUUACUUCCGUGUAACACUUCGGAAGCCAAUUCCUGUCCAAGUAGAUGGUGAGCCCUGGAUUCAACCACCAGGUCAGAUAAUUAUUUCUGCAGCAGGACCAAAGGUUCAUAUGUUAAAGAAAUCAAAACAGAAACAGAAGAAAACUGGAAACAUUAAGGAUUCAAGAACUGAGAGCACAUUGGCUGAUGAAGCAGGGCGCUGAUGGGAGAUACUCAUAGUCCAAAUGCUGCACAUCUACUGUAGAUGACACUUGUCUGGCAAAAUACUGUUGCAUAGUUCAGGUCAUUUAUGAGCCUGUCUUCUUGUUCCAUGUUCAUUGUUCAGUAACCAUGUAACUGACAUGAAAUACGAUUAUACAGAUGAGUUGAUCAGAGGAAUUUGUAUUAGGGAGCCUAUUGAAGGAUUUAAGCUAGUCCAGAGAAAAA